AUGAGAACAAAAAUUUAGCUAAAUACUUUGAAUGAAUCAUCUUUUUUAUUUUUAAUAAUAAACUUGUUUUUUAUCAAAAUCUCCCAUGGAUUGGAGGUAUUAUAUGAUGUUAAUUUUACUCAACAAAGUAUUGAUUGUAAUGGUUUAUUUUCAAGUGGAUGGAGUACUGUAGGCACUUCAUUUAUUAAUGGGAGUUAAUGCUCAUUACAAUGCACUAGGUCUGAUACAAAUGGUAAUAUUUCGCUUUUAAGUUUAAAUCCUGCAUCUUAUCCAAGCGGAUUCAAAUUAGAACAGUAAAUUACACAACCUUAUUCAAUCAUAGGAGCUGAUAUAGUUUAUUCUUUAGACUAAAGUCAAAUGUAAAUAAGUAUGAUAGAUGGGGUAAAUAUUAUAUAAAGUUAGACUAUUAGUUCGACUAGAGAAAUAGGAUAAUUUGGAAUUAAUUACUCAGUAAAUUGCCCUUCAUACGAUACAAACAGAAAAACUUAUAUUACAUCCCUUCUUUAUAAGUAGAAAUUAAGCUCAAAUAGUAUUAUUUUGUAAUUUUAGUAAUAGUAACUAAGCUCAACGUAAAGUUAAAAUUUGAUGGGAAUAGCUUAAAUAAGACUAUGGGCAAACUGUGUAUAAAACUGCUAAGUAUGUACUGAUAGUACUAACUGCUAAAAAUGUUUUCCUGGUUUUUAAGUAACUUCUCUGCCAAGCGGAUAGAGAGUAUGUGAGUAAACAUUCAAUGCAUGCUAGGCAAGUUGUGAUACUUGUAAUAAUUCUAUAGAUAAUUCUGUUUCUAUUUGCAACAUUUGUAUAUAUGGAUAUAUGAUGAAUGGCAGUAAUGUAUGUGUACCACUUAAAACAUGUCCUAUAAAUUAAUAUUUUAGCUAUGCUUCAAAUUCUUGUGUAAACUAUACAAAUAAAUGCUACAUUUAAACUUCUUAUAAAACCAAUUAAUGGGCGUCUUGCGACGGUUAAGUAGACCCAGGUGUUUAUCGAUGCGGAUUAACUACAAGUAUUCUUAUUUAUGAUUGGUAAAAUUACAAAUUAGCUAAAUGCGGAUGCCCAGAUAGCUAUUGUACAGCUUGCUUAAACAGUUCAAAUAAAUGUUAUUAAUGUUAACCUGGUUAUUCUAUUACUGGGUCUCAGACUUAGUGCACUUAUACUGGUAGUUGUCCUGCAAAUUACUAUUUUGAGCCAAAUUCCUAAACUUGUCAACCUAUUUGUUCUACUAAUUGUGAUUAUUGUACUUUAACCUCAUGUAUUUACUGUAAAAGAGAUUAAAACUAUUAUAUAACUUCAAGCAAUUACAAAAAUUGUGCAGUUUGUAGUAUACAAAAUUGUAAUAAAUGUAAUGGAUCAGGUUAAUGUUCAUAAUGUAUUUAAGGAUACUAUCUAUCAAUCGAUUAUUUAAAAUGUGAGACUUGUUAAGUUAGCAAUUGUGCUAAGUGUUCUGUAUUUAGCAAUAUUUGUUUGACUUGUAAUCUAAACUAUAGUCUUGCUAAUAAUUAAUGCUUAUGCAAAUAAAAUAAUAGCUGUUAAAUAUGUGAUAGUACUGAUGGUAGUCUUUGCUUAACAUGCUUUUAAGGAUAUACUUAUAAUAGUAUUCAAAAAACAUGUAGUUGCUCAUUAUUAGGUUGCACGUAAUGCAAACCAUAAGAUGGAACAAAGUGCUAAGCUAAUUCUUGUUAAAUUGGAUAUACUUAUGACUCUAUAUCUUAGACCUGCAUCUGUGGGGUUUAAAACUGUGCCACUUGUAAUCCAACAAAUGGUUAAAUAUGUGAUGGAUGCAUUGCUGGGUACUAAGCAGUUGGUAAAUCUUAAUGCUAAUGCAAUUUAUCAAAUUGUGCUUCUUGCAAUCCUUUAAACGGAAAUGAAUGCUCUGUAUGCAAAAAUGGUUACUCAUUAAACUCAACAACAAAAAUUUGUUAAUCUAAUAUUCCUUAUUGUCAAACAAAUAAUCAAAUAGAUGUAUCUAAAUGUGAUGUUUGUUAAUAAUAUUAUACUUAAAACUAAAGUUAAACCAAGUGUAUACCAAUCAUAUCAAAUUGCCUAUAUAUUGAUUCAAACAAUAACUGUACUUAAUGUGCUUAAAACUAUCUUUUAUAGGAUAAUACUUGCACUUGUAAUGUAUAAUAUUGCUAGUAAUGUGAUCCCAACGAUGGUAGUUAGUGUAUUACUUGUAAUUCAUUUUAUAAUAAAAGCUAAACAAAUUAGUAAUGUAUUUCUUCAAUUAGUAGUUGCGAACUAAUUAACUCAAGCGGGGUCUGUAGUUAAUGUGUAAAUGGAUACUAAUUAGAUUUAACUAAUAACUAAUGUAUCUGUACUGUAAAUAAUUGCAAUUAAUGCAAUGCUUAGGAUGGAACAAAGUGUGAUUAAUGCAAUUCUAAUUAUUUAAAACUUUUCAAUAACACUAAGUGUUUAAAGUCUAUUUAAAAUUGUUUAGAUUAUAAUUCUGAUGGCUCAUGCAAAACUUGUGUUUAGGAUUACUUAUAUAAUCCAAUAGAUAAUACAUGCAAUUGUGCUAUUUAAAAUUGUUAAAGCUGCAAUAUGUAGUCAGGAUCGAUUUGCGAUUCUUGCUAUUCUUUUUAUAAUUUAGAUAUGAUUAAUAAAAAUUUAUGCGCUCCUUCUAUCUAAAACUGUUAAGCUAUAAACUCAAGUGGUAUUUGCACUUAAUGCGCUUAAGGAUUUAAUUAUGAUUCCAUAAAUAAUACUUGUAAUUGCUCAGUUUAAAAUUGCUUAUAAUGUAGUGCAUAAAUUGGAACUAUUUGCUAGAUAUGCUCUUCUGGGUAUUUGCCUAAUUCUACUAACACUAUUUGCUAGCUUUAAACAUAAAAUUGUUUAGAAUUUAAUAAAUCAAAUAACUAAUGUAUUAAAUGCUAAUAAGGAUACACUUUCGAUUAAAUCAAUAAUAUUUGUAUUUGCUCUGCUUAAAAUUGUAUUUAAUGCUCUCUGAGUGAUGGUUCUUAAUGUAUUAAUUGUUAAAAAAACUAUUUGAGUAUUAAUAACCAAUGUAUUUGCUAAGCAAAAAAUUGCUCUCAGUGUAGUGUUGGAGAUGGACUUUUAUGUAGUCAGUGUUAAAGUAACUUUUUUCUUUAUCCUAAAGAUAGUUAAUGCUAUUAAAAUUGCUAACAAAAUUAAAUAUUUAAUCCAUUGCUUCUAAAAUGUGAGUAAUGCUAAAUUAGCAAUUGUUUAAAAUGUAAGGAUUUUGAUAGUUCACACUGUUUAUAGUGCAAUGAUGGAUAUAAUUUAGAUAACCCAUAAAAAUGCAGUUUGAUUGAAGUGUGUUAAGUCUUAAAAUGCAAAUAAUGUUCUUAGACAGAUUUAACCAAAUGCUCUAUUUGCUAAGACAACUAUGUGUUAGACAAUAAUUAGCAAUGCAACAAUCAGUUUACAAACUCUUUUAGGCUUUCAUAAAAUUUGUUAGACUCAGGAUACUUAAUUUACAUUAAUUUUAAUAGUUAAAUUGCUUUAUCAAAUUUAUCUAUUGAUUAAUUAAUAAGCAUUCAAAUUAAUAAUUUUAAUAAUUUUUAAGUGACUUCAUACUAACUUGUUAAUAACUAACAAAUCAAAGCUACCUUAUAGGUCACUAGCAAUUGCAAAUAAAACACUUUAACUGUAUCAAUAAUAGAUAAUAAUUUUGCAUAAAUCAAUAACUUACUGAAUAGGUAAGAUAGUAUUCUUUUAAGCGAUUUUGUUAUUUUAAGUAGCCAGUAAAGAUAAUAGGCACAAGCUAUAAAAGAUACAGCUAAUACAAUACAGUCAUCAUUACUAUCAUCUAUUUUACCAAUAGCUAUUCUCGGAAAUUUUUAUGUGCUGUUUAAUAUGAUUGACCAUACUACAUUUUUAUAUUUUCUUCUGUUUGUGAAUGUAAGACACCCUUAAAACAUCCUUAACUUUUGUUCAAUAUUUUAAAACUUUUAGAUGGCUUUUAUACCUAAUGUAUUUAAUGUCUAUCUUAUGGACUAAGGCUACUCAUAAAAUUAUACACCUAAAAAAUUCUUAGAAUAAUAAUGUGACGCAUAUUUUCUGAAUGAGGCUGGGUAAAGCAUAUUUAUCAUUUCAUGCAUUAUGUUUAUUUAUUUUUGCUUGAAAAUUCUCUAUCUUUUUGACACACCAUUUAAGUCUUAUAUUGAAAAAAAAAUUCAAAGUGGAUGGGAGUAUUGUGGAUUCAUAGAUUUAUUUGCUUUUGUUCAAGUUUAUGUUUUUUUAGGAGUACUAUUAUAAUUUUUUAGUUUUGAAUUUGUAGAAUCACUCAAUUUUCUCAAUUAUAGCUUAUUUUCAGUAGGGUUAAUUGGAUCUUUCCUCAUACCAAUGUGUAUUUUUCUCUUUCUGCAUAAAUGCAAAGAUCUUACUACUCCUCAAGUAUAAUAAUAAUUCUCAUCAAUAGUAGGAGGUUUACGAAUCGCAAGUCCUUAAGAAAUAAAAGAAGCAAAUAUAACAUCCAAAAGAGUUUAUUAUUAACUUCAUUACAUUAAGUAUAAUUACAUUUUCUUAACUAUUAGAAAACUACUAUUUUGCAUCUUGCUUGUUUUUAUGCAUGACUAUCCCUAUGUAUAGAUUCCCUUGAUAGUUAUGUAAAAUCUUAUUUUAUCUUUCUAUUAUUUAUACUUAUGGCCUCACGAUAAGGGCUAUGAAAAUAUAAGGAAUGCUAUAAGUGAAUAUUUGCUAAUUGGAAUGGAAUUAAUUUUAGUGAUUCUUGUAAAAGAUGAUUAAGAUUAAAAUGAAAGUUAAAGAUUUUUUUAUGGUUGGAUUUUUAUUUCCUUAGCGAUUACUCUUAUGUCUAUCCACUUUAUUUCAGUAAUUAUAGAUUUUGUAAAGCUAAUUUUUAGAUUACUUUCAUUUGUCAUCCUAUUUAUCAAAAGUACAGUUUAGUUUUUAAUAAGGUACUAUAAAUAAAGUAAAGUAAAAAAUGAUAACGCCUCUGUCAAAAAUUAGAAAUAAGAUCUUAGAAAUUCAAAAUUAUUUAUUAGUGCUCAUCUAAAAACUAUUGCCUAAAGUUUAGAUUAAACUUUUACUUCAUCCACCAAAAAAGUUUUAUUUGAGAGAAAUUAAGUAAAAAAUCAUAGUAUCUUAAAAAAUAAAAAGCUUAAGCAUAUUUUAGCUUCUGUUAACGUAGUUGUUCCCUCAGAACAUUAAAUUGUAAGAUUUUCUUCUAGAAAGGGAUCUUAAAACAAUUCUUUUGAACAUCAAAAAGAUGACAGCACUUCGAACUUUUAUAAUUCAGGAGUCUUUUGUUCUUCAACAAGAAGUGUUGCUUAAUAAAAGCUAGUAGCAUUUUAAAAUAAUGAAAAUAAAGAUGAAAAUUAAAAUUAAAAGUCAACAUUUUUUCAAAUGUAAUCUCCUCCAGCAGCUAAUAUGAGCAGCUUUGAAUUUAAUCCAUUUACUAAAAGCUUGAUAGAUUAAUAGCUUAGUAUUAGAGGAAACUCUACAUUUUAAAAAUCCAGCAAAUUUAAUUCCCCAAAUAGUUCAUUUUAAGAAGAAAAUGACUAGUCUAUUAACUAAUGA